GUACGCCAGUUUUGAUUGGCUGGUUGAGAUCAAACAGCCGCACACUGUCUACAGAGAAGGAUGCAAGCAUUGAUUCAUAUUGUACCACUGAAUUGGCUGUGCACAAAUUCGAAGCUAGGAACUUAAUAACCAUAGAAAGUGUUGUGACAAUCGCAUGGAGAAUUCUUAGCAGUAGCGGAGUGGAUACUGUCAUGAAUUUCGGCCUGAUACCAUGUGUUUUUCUAACUGGAAUCGCUUUACUCAUUUUUGAUUGUUGUAUCAGCCAGAAGACUGUGACCAUCAGAAAGUCGGCCAGCCUUGGGGGACAGCAGAAGCUGGACUGUGACCUCCGGUAUCCCCGAGGUCAGCCUGUCCCCUACAUCAUACAGUGGAAGAAGGAUGGCCUCCAGCAACCCAUCUUCAUCAAGUACGAUGGCUACCCAGCCCAGGUGCCUACCAACAACACCCGAGGCCGCAUCGAGCUGGCCGACAUCGUAUCUCUUGAGAUCAGUCACAUCGAGGCGGAAGACGAGGGAUGGUACGAGUGUAAUAUCAUAUUCAUAGAUGGUGCUGAAGAAACGACGGUCAAUGGAUCAUGGAUCUACCUUACAGUGCAUUCUCCGCCAAGGAUAGUAGCCAGUUCCCGAAAACUGCUUCAACAUCGAAGAGGCGAGUCCAUCACUCUGUUCUGCAGGGGGAAAGGAUCGCCCAAACCGACCCUCACUUGGUACAAAGAUGGCCGCCCAUUACAAGAUUCGUUGCGUGUGCGUGUGGAGAACAAAGACGUGAAGAUCAGCAAUGUGCAGCGGGACGACGGAGGAAUAUACAUGUGCACGUUUAGCAACUCGGUGGGGGCCAUAUCACAGCUCAUAAAGCUUGUGGUGGAAGGUGGCCCCUACAUCAUGGUAUCGCCCCACAACGUCACUGCCAUUGAAGGACAGCGGAACAAGUUUCCAUGCGGAGCCGAGGCGUACCCCAAUAACAUCACCUACAGCUGGUUCAAGGAUGGCAUCGACGUGGAGACUCUCCCCGGGUUCCAGGUGGGCCGUAUCAGCAUCAGUCCCGAUGGCAAUCUCCUCAUCUCCUCUGUCAUCAAAGACGACAUGGCCUGGUACAUGUGUCGCCCCAGCAACGGCAUCGGAGAAGAUGAGGCAUCGGCGUAUCUCAAUGUCACAUAUUUUCCAAAAGUUCUUCCAAUGCCAAGUCAGCUCACAUGGGCUAAAGGUUUUCGUGAAAAGAUCGACUGUCCAGUUGACGCCAAUCCGUCAAUGACCGAAACGAUAUGGACGAAGGAUGCCAUGAUUUUGGACAGCACAGGCCGCAUGGCUAUUCUGACCAAUGGCACGCUUGUGAUCCGCAAUGUGACGCUGCUAGACAGCGGCAGCUACAGCUGCACGCCGGUCAGCCUGCUAGGACGUGGGGAGACGUCGCCACACGUACAGGUUAUAGUCCGAGAUGUAACGGACCCUCCUUACUUCAUCCUCCGCCCGAGGUCGCUCUACCAGAAGAACCCUGGUCAGUCCGUCGUACUGCCGUGUUCCGCCACCCGGAACCCCGGAGCCUUCACUCAGCUGGAGGAAGGUGAGCUACGGAACAAUCACUGUAGCUUUGUGUUUGUGCAAGGCGUGGUGGAGAUCAACGACAGAGUCCACAACAAGCAAGGCAACCUGUCCUUCACCAACCUGGGAAAGGAGGAUCAUGGGAUAUAUGAAUGUGUCGCCAGUAACUCCAUAGCAACCAUCAUUGCCGUCACCGAGCUGCGUGUCAUGAACACGACUCCACACGCGCCCUACAACGUCACCGUGUUGACGGACCUGUUCUCCGCACGGGUCUCCUGGGAACCAGCCUACGAUGGAGGAAGCCCACAAACAUACAUAUUAUGGUUUCGUGUCGGGGCUGAAGACAGCACAAACUGGGAGACGAUGCGAGUACCUCAGGGGUCAACGACCUUCACCUUGUAUACACUGAUGCCCAACACGAUGUAUGAGUUCAUGGUGCUGUCCCGGAAUGAGUACGGUGACGGAAUGUACAGUAAAAGAGUCCUCGCAAAGACACGAGGGUUUCACAUGGACUUGGUAACGGCUUUACCAACAGAUGGGUAUGGAUCAACGUAUAUACCAGAUAUAAAAGAAUCUAUCGGUCCGUCACCAAGUCCCCCGCAGAAUGUCACAGCAAGCGUCACUGAAGGUGGAAUACUGGUGUCAUGGCAACAUCCUCACAACACGUCCGUUCCAAUAUUUUCUUACACUGUCCUCUUUAGGAGGGACGGGCGUUGGACGUGCUACAAUACAUUCUCAUUAGCAGAUGCUCCGCCUAUCCUCAUGAAGGAAAUGGCGCCAGGCACCGCGUAUCAGAUACGGGUGAUAUCUAAUGGCGUGUUAGCAAUGAGUGAACCAAGCAAUAUUGUUACCGUGACAACCAAAUCAGCUGUCCGAAGGUCUUCCUCCAACAGUGCAUCAUCUGAGUCGCUUACUCUACCGGACGCUCUGAUUGGUGGAAUUAUUGGAGGGCUGCUGUUUCUGCUGGUGGCCAUAUUGCUAGCCGUUAUAGCCGUCAUUCAUAGUAGGAAGAAGGAGCAGAAAACUAAAGCAAAUAAUAGAUUCACUGAUGUAAAUUAUUCUAAGCCGGAAGAUACCGAUAGUAGACAUCAAACUCCGCCAAAAUGGGAUAGGUGGCAGCACGGUAGAGGAGGAGACACUUUGACAUCUCAUAAUGGCAGUCAGCAUGGUGUGUUUGUCCUGCCCCAAACCGCUGACCUCGACACUAAACGGGACAUGCAUCAGUCAGUUCUUCGAGACAGUCGACUUUACGAUCGGGAUCACCCCAUGUACAACCCAGAUUCUGGCUACCGUGUGGCACCCUCUAGUGACAGAAGUGUUCAUGAUUCCAUGCCUAUGGCUACAGUGUCUCUGUCCAGAGCUCCCAGCAGAGGAAGUCGCAGCUUGUCGCCUGGGCAACCAAGGGAUGAACCUGAUUGGCCAAGAACAUAUCCAUCUUCAGUAGUUCCACAUGGUGAAAGGUCUGGACACUAUCCUGAUUCAUACCAUUCACCCCAGUAUCCAUUAAGUUAUCCCGAUCCUUACCCCAAAGGUAGUCACCAAAUGAGAGGCCCAUCCCUCUCUCCCGUUGCCGGUGGUUACGAUGGUCCAUUCCAGAGUUUCGAAGAUGACGAUGACGUGUUCCCGAUCCAGCAUCGCAACAACGUGCCUUCCACCACUAGUAGACCUGGGUUUCCUCGUCACAGUUCCAUGAAGCCUGCGUCCCAACAACAAACAUAUCUCACAGAACCAAGCCCUUCUUACGGACUGAAUGACAUCAGUUCUGUUCUGCCCUCCUCGUUCUCUGACCCCUCCCGUGACCCCUCCCUUAUGAGGUAUCCUUAUGACCCCUAUGACCCUUCGUUCAAGAGCAUGUCCUCCCAGCCCGAGCGCCGAGCUCCUCGAUACCCACGAGAUUCUUCACCUUGGGAUGAUUCAUCAAGACAUUCAUCAGGACCUCGCAGUCGACCAAGAAGCAGAGAAGGCUCGUACAACAUUCCAAAAGAAACCAGAGAAUAUUCUCCAAACCGAGAUAAACAAAUUGCAAGGGUCCUACCCUCGAAGCCAGAUGAGAACAACAGCAGUAACGGCAGCAGCAAUGGGCGACCGAUGGGCUACACCAGGGAACAGCUCCAGGGUGUUGUCGACCGUGUCAGGCAGACGUCGCGACCAGUUUCCACUGAGAACAUCAACGAUGAUAAUGGCUUCCUGGAUGUAUCAUCGGUAUCUCGACCACGAAGCUCAUCGCAGUACGACCCUCAGCCUCAUUUGGACAGAAGGGGUCCGCCGUAUUACACAGCUGAUAUUGCUCCGUUCAAACCGCCAAGAGACAGUCGUGGUAGUGCUAAUAGUUCAGGGAGGGGGGGUCCACGAGACUUUCAUCGGUCAAGGGGUGAUGAAACGGGCCCUGAUUCUGUGAGUCACAGCAGUGGGAUAGGGAGCCGUAACACGUCCCAUAGCAACGGCUCGUUUCCUAAUCGCUUGGGGAAGAACAGUAUUUCCUACAGCUCUCUGCUGACUCCACAGGAUCAGGAUUUGAGCCAGGACUCGUCUCCCUUCUUGGAGGGGAGUUCAAGUCACAGGCGAGACACUUCAGGGGAUGAGAAUUACGAGUUUGAUUCUAUCAAUGCACUUGAAAGUGACAUCCUAGAUGCAUUGAGAAACUAUUCCCAGCUUAGCGGGUCAGGGCCUCAGUCGGAUCAUCUUGGUCCAGAAAGUUUUAAUCAUUUAUAUCCGAAACCAAGAAGGCAGAGUCGAUACGCUGACUCAGAACAAAGAUUCAACCGCCUCCGAGAGGAGUUCAAGAAAUACCGGGCACAGCAGGACACGGUGGAACCUAGGGGAGAUAACUCACGUCCACUCUACCCCAUGGAUAGCGAGAUGUUGUGAUAGCAGUAUCGCAGACAUCUUCAUGUAGGUCACAAUUAAGUGCUUCUUCAUUAUAUAUGUUGCCAUGGAAACAUGGAAAAACAUUUUCCAUAAUAUAUCACCAUAGUCACAAAACAUUUUCCAAUUCCACCGUUCAUACAUUCAACAUGCUUUUAAGUAUACUCAACAAAGGAUUAAUGGAAAUAUUCCGGAAUAGUUAAGUUGUAUUGUAUUUGUAGAAGUAAUUCCAUGUUCUGAAAUCCACAGCUUUUGAUUCUCAGGUCAAUAUUGGAUAAUAUACAACUCAGUCCUCAGUGGGAAUGCUGGAUAUUUCAUUCUACAACAUGUAUUUACAUAUACUGUUAUGGGGCCAGACUUUUAUCCUUUUGUAUACUGAUUUUUGUCCAACCAAACUGGAAAUAUAAUAUCCCAAUUUCAAAUUAUUUUCCUAUGUUCUCCAGCAGACCGUUAUUAGAAUUCACUGUGUUUUGAAGUUUUGA